AUGAGAGUUGGCAGUCUCCAUUCUCUGUUGCAUCUAUUCAAACAACCCGCGGCAAAAGUUCUUCUAAUUGCGGGUUUCGUAUACCUCCUCGCCUUCCAAUACUGUCGAAUCCGCUUCUGGCGCGACCCUCACUCGGCCUUUUUCGAUAUUCGCAAUGUGUUCGAGUGGAAAUACAGUCUCCUGCGAGAGCAUCAAGCUCAGCAUUUCACGUCUGUGUAUAAUGCCCCAUCUGACAGCGGGAUUGGCGACAAACUGGGCACUGAUCGCCCCUUAAUGUGCGCCGCGCUCGCUACUGUAAAACGCGACAAGGAUGAUUACUUCGAAGCGACCGUGGGAUCUUUGUUGGCUGAUCUUGAUCCUCGCGAAAGACAUGCCCUCCACCUCUCGGUGUUAUUCGCGAAUACCGAUCCAAGUCAGCAUCCUAGCUGGGGCCAGAGAUGGUUGGGCCGGCUAGUGGAUUCAGUGUCUUCGUACAAUGUCUCCGAGGAGCAGUUUCGCCAUUUGCAAGAGUUAGAAGAACAUCAUAACUUCUAUGAAAAGGGUGUAUACGACUACGUCUACCUACUCAACCAGUGUCUCGAGACGGGUGCCCCAUACAUAUUCAUCCUCGAGGACGAUGUCAUACUCGCAGACGGCUGGUUCGUCAAGACCAUGAACGGUCUACACCAGAUGUCGCAUGGAUCGACUCCACGCAACAAUACAUGGAUCUACUUGCGCCUCUUCUACACUGAAACCUCGCUGAUGUGGUCAUCCUCGGAUUUCUGGUACCGAAACAUGCCUCUGGCUUUCCUCUUAGUUAUGGGAUCUGGGGGCGCUCUUUUACUGCUCAUUCGGCGACACUGGCCUAGCACUCGUGCGUUCCUUAACAAUUGGACUGUCGCAGCUGUGUGUUUGGUUGUUAUUCCCGCCUUUACGGGACUGCUAUACAUGAUGGGUAAAUAUUCCCUACUUCCGCUGGAAGGUGUAGUAGAGAUGAACGGUCCGGGGUGUUGUACACAAGGAUUGGUAUUCCCCCGCGAACAGGUGCCGGCUUUGGUGGCUCGUUUGGAGGAAAAGAAAGCCGGGCAGACUGAUAGCAUGAUUGAGGAGUAUGCAGAUCAAACUGGCUUGACUCGAUUGGCGCUGGCGCCGCAGCAGUUACAGCAUGUUGGUUUGCGGUCUAGUCGUGACAAUCUUGAGAUUAAUACUCAAAGUACCUGGGCUUUCUGGUUUGAGGAAAAUGAUGCUCGGAAAUUGAAGGCUGAGCAUGAACGGCUUCUGUCUGCGAGUGAUAAUUAUUGGUUUUUGGAUUGA